AUGGCUGAAAAUAUAGAUGCAGCGUCAUUCGCUAGCAUUCUUGCCGGAGUCAGGCAAAUGCGGGAAGAAUAUGACACUCGGCCGCCCAGCGAAAACCAGGCCAACCAGAACCAGGCCAACCAGAACCAGGCCAACCAGAACCACACAAGCCAGAACCAGGCCAACCGGCCUAACCAGACAAACCAGAACCAGACAAACCAGACAAACCAGACAAACCAGACAAGCCAGAACCAGACAAACCAGAACCAGAACCAGACAAACCAGGCCAACCAAAACCAGAACCAAGCGCAAAUAAUCCAGCCAGGCCAAGCAAACCGCAACAGCCCCGGUCUACAUCCCAGCAUACAUCAGCCAAACCAUCUACGCGAAAGACAAACAUCCCGCCAAAGUCUGCCUCUGCCUAGAGGCACGCCUGGACAUUCAACGCGGCAAACGCUGCGACCUCCGCCUCUGGCGGCGGCUAUUCAAGUGGCGCCGUCCCAGAAAGGAAAUCCUCUCCUUGACAGUCUGCAGAUGAAGCUCACGCCGUGGGCAUACAGCAGCGACAUCCUCUCGGACUACUACAUCAGCGCAACGGUGCAGGUUCUCUUCCUCUCGCUCAAGUACCACCGGCUUCGGCCCGAGUACGUGUGGCGGCGCAUUGAAAAGCUCAAGGGCAGCUUGGUGGGCCAAAAGGACGACACCCUCCGGGUGCUUUUGGUGGUGGUGGACAUUGAUGCCCCACAAGAGUCGCUAAGACACCUCCUGGGCAUAUGUGUAAAACACGACUUGGCCUUGGUGGUUGCCUGGUCCUUCGAAGAGGCCGGCACAUACGUUGCCUGUUUGAAGCAGCACGAACAGACACGCUCGCAUGUGGGCUCGUCACUCCAAGGUGUGCGCAAAGGCGACUAUAAUCUGAGUGUGGUCGGCGCCUUAACGACGGUUCGGGCAGUCAACCGGACAGAUGUUGCUGGAUUGCUAGCGCACUGCCGUUCAUUCAAGGAGAUUGUUCUUCGGUCGGCGGUCGGCGGAGUUAGUGUUCCCGGAAUAGGAGAGCGGAAACAGCAGACUUUGCACGAUGCAUUCACAGAGCCGUUUGUGUGGAACAAGGAAUAA